AUGGAUAGUGAUGUAAACGGUACGACCAGUAUACAAGCGAAUGGCGUGACGCAACCCAUGCUUGAACAAGGCGAAGAAGGUUUUCCAGUCGAGCCAACAGGCGAUGUUGCCGUGCCCGGUGGCGUUGCCGAAGACUGUCCAUUGGGCAGCCGUGCGGCCACAUUUCGUCACAUUUUCGCGCAGCCGGUUCAAAGAGGAGAGUGGUUUGAUUGGGGUGCUGGACAUGGCUCGAGUGUAGUUGUAAAUCCAAAAUUUGUUGCGAUAGCGCUCGAUGGAGGAGCAGGAGGACAAAUUCUGGUUGGUACUCACGAAGACUUUGGUCGACAUGGUCGCAUUGGACUUGCGCGGUUGCAAGAUCAUGCGGUGAGUAUAGUUGUAGGCCAUUGGAGCCAUAGGACUAAACAAAUGUUAGUUCAUUUGGCGAAUUUCAUUUUCAGGGUCUGUAUUUUUGAUGCUCGUACAGGUAACGCUAUGAAGAGCGCUGUUCUACCUCAUGAUGGUGGAAUGCCUCCAAAGUGCUUUAUUAUAUUUCAGGUUUUAUUUGCUAGCCCUCAACGUUUGGUAACAUUUGGAAACACUCGGAUAAAUAGACGUCAAUUUGCGAUUCAUUCGAUUUCGUCUUUUGAUUCACCUCUUGCCAUAAUAGACGUAGACGGGUCUUCCGGCCAACUGUGCCCAAUUUUCGAUCCAGAUCUCAAUAUUCUCUAUGUUUCAGGAAAAGUGCGGUUUUCAUACUUUUGCUUUUCAUUCUGUAAAAGAAUUCAGUGUGUGUUCAAUUUGAUCAACCCAAUUAGACAACGAGCUAUUUCCAGUGAGCAAUUUUUCCGUGAAGGAGAUUCGACAUUUCGUUUAUAUGAAUUGAUUACUGUUUCCCCUUAUGUGAUACAUUUGACCGAAUGUCAUCAACCAGCGCCACACACCUUCGUGUGUACUGUUUCAAAAAGAGCUUUAAAUUUCAUCGGUGCUGAAGUGAUGAGGGUGUACAGCCAUUUUCUUCCUUUAAAGUAUUUACUGAUAGAGUCUCCAAAGGCUUACGUAUUCCUUACAUAUCAUUUCCAUCCGGAAUUGUAUCCACCUACUCGAGGUCCCACACCAGCUGCUUCAUUGGCUGAAUGGCGUGCGGGACUUGAUGCCAUGCCUAUUGAACUGCAACUGCGACCGGGCCAGCUGAAAACAACUUCAAAACCUGUGCAAUUGAGGGGGCGAUCAGGCAGUCCCAAGCUCAUCACCUCUGAUCUUAACAACGAGAUGAAGUUUAGGUUUUUGUCUAAGGUUAGUUCAGCAUAUUUUAUUUGGGAGUUAUGUGGUAUUACUUUUUGUUUUGUGACGAAACCGGACUAUCGUUCUCUUGAUGAACGAGAGGAUUGUGAAGAAAUUGUAAAAUUAAUCGAGGUCAAACAAAAAGUCCAAGAGCAACAAAUGACCAGAUUAUUAGUCGGCUGUUCGGAAGAUGCCGUUAUUGCUGACAUUGACGAGAAAUACGAUCGGCUAAUUCAACAUCUUCACGUUAGAACUACGAUAGUUGAGAGUUCAAAAUUCACCAAGAGACUUCUUCAGAAAAACGAGCUGAUACACCAGUAUGGAAUGGCUGUAGCCGUAGGCAACGACGAACUCAUGUCCGAAAUUGUAAAAUAA